GGUGAAUACAAAUAUAGUAUAAUGGAUCAGUGGGAAUUAUUAGUUCAAGAAUACUCAAAAUCAGCAAAUGGGUUCCGGAAGGCUCUGCAGACAGCUGAGGCGGUGUUUAAAGAAGAUUUGGCCGGUUUUGAAAUUGAAUGGAUAGUUCAAACGCUCCUAUGUGAGCCAGUGUGUUUGCUGAAGAUCGUGUGCUCAGAGCAGGAUGAAUCUUGGAGGAGCUGCAUUGUGGCUAGCUUCAAACUGUUGGCAGAGGUGCUGCCCAAGUGUGAAGACUUUGGAGACCAUCUAUUCCAGGAUGUACUCAACGUCUGUCUGAUGCAGUACGAUGCCAUGAUCCGUACCAAUGCAAUAAACUGUAUGCGGGCGUUAUGCAAGAUGUCUCCGGUGGUGGCCGGGCAGGCUGAGAAGUUCAUAGCUGAACUGGAAUCUGCAAGCAUUUGCAGAGCUCCUUUAGCCAUGCUGAUUGGUACGCUGUGCGAAUACCAUCCAGCAUACCUUUCGAAUGAAUACAACAAAAUAUGGCGCUUGUUUCUUAAUUUACUUGAGAACAAUAAAAAGACUGACACGGUAACCUCAGCAUACCUUCAAGGUAUCCUGGGUCUAUUCAAAUACUACGGGAGCCAGCUACCGAUGGUUGAACUGGCCCAGUUUUACCAGGAUCUGGUCGGAUAUCUGGACAUGACCAAGUGCAAGGAAGUGGUCCUGGCCAUAUUGGAAGAGCACACGGACCUCUUCCUGGAAUCGCUCGCCGAAGACCCAACGCUAAGGAUGAAGCUGUGGGCCCACGUUCCGACCGGGACUGACGCAGUAUUAAAAGUCUACAGACUGAUCUUCGAACUGAUGAAGGAUGAUUUAAAGAGAAUCGAGAACGUUCUGCAAGCGGAGGUGGCGCCGCGUCUGCACGUCCCAGAGACCCGGUACGUGGCGCUCCGCGUCUGGAGCGUCUACACGUUGCUCGGGGGCGCGGCUCCCAUCCAGCACGAGGAUGUGCUGCAGGUGGAGUGCAGCCUGAGGGCCGGGGACCACGUCGCUUCGCAGGUCUCGUACUGCAUCGACGCCGCGCUGCCGAACAGCGACCGGCUUCUGCAGGCCGCCAUCCUGAACUUCCACAGUCUUCCAGCUAAGAAGAUUAAGGAAAUUAUCGUCUACCCUCUCGCGCGUGCUCCGGACCAGAUCAGGAAGGCCUCAAUAAAUCUGCUGAUAACGGAAUCAUGUGUGGACGGCGCCAGCUUUGACCGGUACUUGCCGCUCUGGAGACAGCUGCUCGACUCCGACGGACAGGACCCGAGGGCGGUGGAAGGCAGCAGACACGUAUUCAACGACUUCAUGGACUAUGUUCUGUGGGUGGUUGAGACGUUUCUGGAUGAUUAUAGCGAGAGUCUACCAGAGCAACUCCAGUUCCUCUUCAAGCUGGUCUCCUUGGUGCUGAGCUUCCAGUCCCCCGAGGGCUACACCCGGGACGCGUGCGCAGCCGCCCUCCCGCUGCUGCGUGAGACCAUGCGGCGCUGCCAGCCCCAGGCCUGCACCGUGGCGGCCGGCAGACACCUGCUCCGCCACGCCGCCGGCCUGGAUCUAGACUAUGAGAUGCUGUCCUUGGACAGUUGCGCGGACGAGGCCCUGCUUUGCGAAUGCUGUUUGGCGUUUAUACAGUCUCCGGACGACCUUGGAGACGUGCGAAACAUAUUGACAUCCCUACAGAUCAUCUUCUCGAGAUCCGACGUGGAAGUGGAUAGUUACUUGACCGCUUUGAAGAAAUGUCAGCAUCUGUUGAUGAAAGACAUUGAUCUUUUGAACAGCAAAGAAACUUCGAAGGUAAUAGCGGGCAUCGAGGACCUAUACAACCGCAAAGACUUGACCGGGAAAGAAGCCAGGAACCUUAAGCGGGAGAUAUUCUUCUUUCUAGGUAAAUUCGGUAAUGUGUCUGAAUCGAGCGCGUCUGAGGCCAGUUCUGUCCUCUUGAAGGACAACCUCACGCUCGACCUCAAGUAUUUGGACGAAGGUGUCACGUAUAAGAUCAAGCUGGACGAGAUGUUGGAGCACGCGAUCAGAAGCGGCGAUCCGGAUAUACUGCGAACGCUACUUACCGUCAUCUGCGCCGGUAACCCGGUGCGGCAGGCGGAGCGCGCGUGUCGCGUGUGCGCGGCGUGGUGUCACGCCAGUGUUGCCAGCGCCGCCGCGGACGCGCUGCCAGUGUUGCAAGCUCUGAAACUGUCCAACGUUACCGUUGAGCUGCUGCCCUACAUCGCCUGCGAGAGGUCUCCGGGGGUCAGAGGUCUGCUGUCUGACGUCCUGGAGAGACUCUUGUCGGACCCUCGCCACCAGCAGGCCGUGGAGCCCGUAGCCGCUCAGGCCUUACUGAUGCUGCGGGAUAAGAACGCGCUGACGCGACAGGCCGGGCUGGACGUCUCGCUAGCGGUGUUGCGGGCCGCGGACCCCACGCAUGCCCCAUUGCGGGCCGCGCUACCCGCCCUGCUGCCGGGCAUGUGCGGGGCUGUGGGGGGAGGCCCAGCGCUGCUAGCGGCCACGCACGCUUUUGUACGGGCGGCGGCUAUGUACGAUCCCGCCACUACCGUUGGCAUGAUCCAGGAGAUGAUGCGCCACCUCACCCACCCCAAGUCUGACGUAGACUUCGCGCGCCACGAGACAACUGUCAGGACAGCGGUCGACUUCAUCAAAGUCGUUGCCAGUGAAAAAAAAUUAGACUCCGCCAUUUUUCUUGGGAUCGAUGCGGCCAGUGUUGCCAGGAAGAUGGUGUUGCUGUGCGAAUUGAAAUCGGCUUUUCGUUUUGAGUCCGAUUUCGAUUUGAGGCUGCUGGAGGGGAACGGUCUACUGGAUCUGGAGGUGGAGGAUUUGGAGGACCCGUUCUCAGUCGCGGCCACCCUCCGUGUCCUGACGGACUUCGCUGGAACCUACAUGGAGAUCAGGAGGGAGAAAUCGGUAGAACUAUUGGCCGGAUUGGUGGAGAAAUUAAAACCGAACCUUAUAAUAACGGUCAAUAGGUCGAUAGUGAAUUGCCUGCAGACUUACAAAGACCUAUUAGGGGAAUUACCGCCGUUAUUGACAAACGCCUUCGACGUUUGGUUCUCAGUGUUGCCAAUAAAUGAGAUAACUACCAGUUUAGAAGAAAAUAAACUGCUGGACGAACAUAAGGCCGUGAUAAAAUCACUAAAUAUAAUGUUGAUGGUUUUCGAAUUGAGGAGUGAUUUAAUAAAAACAUGGCCAGAUUCGAUUAUGAAGGUGACGCCAAAGAAAUCCGAUUUGGAAUACAUUAGCAGCGCUCUGUCUGCGUCUCUUAAAGCUUCAAGUCGUGAUGAUAUAAAGAGAUUGAUAUCGGGAGGUGAUGGGAGGGACCUCUGUAGGAGACAUGUUAAGGUAUUUUUCGGAUUCCUGGUGAAGUCGCCGUCUGUGUUAUUAGACGGUGACGUCACAAGUGCGUAUUCCCUGUUGGAUGACGUAGUGGAUUGUUACGUCAGGAUGAGAUGUCCUGAGAGAUGGCGUGGGGACGUGCUAAAUCUGGUCGAUGGGCUGUGGCCUGUAUACGAACAGCAGACUGAGUUUAGCAAGAAGCAAGCGCUGCUUGUCAGUCUGUCUCGCUUCCCCGUCCCCCCGCCUCCCACCUCGCCCCCCGUCGCGUGGGGAGUCAAAACCCUGAUGGAGGGGGAGAUCACUCAGAGGAUAUGUCUCGUCGGAGCCUUGCCCGCCGGCGAGGAAUAUAGCGCCGCCUAUAGCAGUUUCUCUGGCGUGGUGGGUCCCCGGCUGCGGGAGGCGGCGCGGGGGCGGGGGCCGGCGCUGCGGGCGCUGCUGGGGGCGGCGCACUGCGGCGACCCCACCCUGCUGCGGACCGUCGCCGCUCUAGCUGCCGGCGACGACACUAAGGGCUGGUGGGACGAGGCCAUCGACUCGUGCAUGGCGGCCGUCGCCAAGCACCGUGACGUCACUGUGCACGAAACAAUAUACGCGUGGACGUGGACGGGGCUGUCGACGGGCGUCUGCGAGAGGAUGCUCGUGCCUCUGCUGCGACACACUCCCGCCAAACGUCUGGAAGAAUUCCUGUCGAACAAAGUUAACAUGUUAAUUGACAUGUUAAUGACCGGUCGGGCGGCGAGCAACGCAUUAGCGUACGAACAGGGCGUCGUCAACUACACGAGAGCUUUGAGCGUGCUGGCGGUGGCUUUUGAGAAGCUACCCCGGCAGUCACUGGAGGCGUCCAGCUCGGUACUCCACAGCCGCAUGGCAAGCCCAGAGUCCUGGAUGCUGGUGCGACGUGCGUGCAAGCUGUGUGUCACGCUCAGGGACGCCGUGACGUGUCCCGAGGGGGCCGGGGGCGGGCUGAGAGGGGCGUGCAGAGCGUUCUACGUGGCCGCCUACAAGUGCUUGACGGCGGCCUUGUGCCGCUGGAAGCAGCCCAAAGCUUACGUGACGCUUUUCGACGAGAAAGCUCUGUCGAAUCUGAUGGACCCCGAAAAAAGAUACGAACUUCCGAUAAAACCGAAAUGGAGCCGGCGGUGCGUGCGCCGCCAGGUCCCCGCGGACACGGGGGCCGCCCCCGCCGCCGCGUCCUCCGGGGGAUCCGUCCGCACCCGGCCUCUCCUGCGGACCCUCUCCGACAACCCGCUGCAUUUCGACCUGCUCGAACCCCAUGAGUGCGAGGAGGCGCGUCAGAUACAAGCCCUCGAUGUGCAGGAGGUCACGACGGAGGAGUGGCGCGUGGACCACACCGAGCUGAACGGACUCGAGGCGUGUCUGUCUGUGUCGCGCGCGCUGGCCCUCGCUGCGCCGUGUGCCGCCGCGCUUCGCCGCGCUGCCGCCGCGUUGUGCGAUACCGCCGCGUUAUGCGGUGCCGCCGCCGCGCAGAGCCACGUCGCCGCGCUGCUGGCACAGGCCGUCUGCAACUCAGCCUCUGACCUGCAACACAACUGCGAGAUAUUAAUUCCCGCUCUGCUGAAGUACGUGACGGCGGUGGAGGAUGGGGCCGCGCUCAACGGUCUCCAAGUGGACGUGCUGAACACCAUCUCGGGGUGGGGCGGGGGCGGGGCGCGCCGCGAGGGGGCCGACGCCGCGGUCCGGCUCCUUGUGCGGACCUGCCUGCAGCACCAGCGCAGGAGACCCCUGCUGGACGCGGUGGCCGACUGCCUGGACGGCUUCCUGCGCGCGCACCCCGGAACGAUUACCGUCCGCUACGACGCCUUCCCGGACUACUCGGCUGACUCAACGUCGGAUGAGACGAAGCUGUGCAUGCUCCGCAUACUUCAAAUCAUCACUAAGCAUAAUAUUUACGUGGAGCGACUUCUGCCGACCGUGUUGGCGGUAUUGGCUGACGCGCGCCGCCAACAUCCCGUGCAAAAAUUGGCUGAACUGUUCGGCCAAACGUUGGCCGUGUGUGACGACGAGACAGUAGCGAGGGAAUCCUUGGCCUCGUACCAACGUGUCCUAGAGACGUACCUGAAGACGAACGUGUCGGAUUACGUGAGGCUGCUGUACUACGCCCAGCUGGGCUGCCCCAGGUGUUGCAGCUUCAAGAGCUUCAAAACGGUUCUCUCGAAAGCUUCGAGAUUGCCCAAAGCCGAAAAGCUGAGAUGUCUGCGCGUUAUAGCGAAGUACUUAGAGCACGGCCCGGGAAAUGAUGACGUCAUACGUGACGUCGUAUCCACCCUGAACUUUGAAGGGCUGUUAGGGGGUGAUUGUGUCAAGGAGGCUCUCGGGGUCAUCAGAUCGGGACUGCAGCGGUAUGGGAAUACGGAGGUCCUGAGAUCAGCCGUGAUGCUGGCGGUAAAGCUAUGCGACCACCCAGCGGCGGACGUCCGUAACGCCGCCGGGGACGUGGCCAAAAAGGCUUUUGAGAAACUGUGCGAGGAUCACGAACAGUCUGCCCCCAAACGUCAGAGAAGUUCCCUCACGCCCGUCCUCAGGGUUGCGCAGGGAGCAGACAGGUACACCGGGAGUCUGCUGCGGGGGCUGGGGCAAGGCCUGACCGGGGACAUCCAAGGACUGUCCACAACAAGCUUUCAUGCGAGAUUCACCGAGUGCUUCUAUCUCGCGAUAUGUCUGCCGAUACUGCACAGCAAGACGCCGCCCGACGUGACCAGCGCCGUGUGGAACAUGACGAGGAUGCUGUUUGCCGCGGCCAAGGGUCAAGAUGGGCUGGCGAGGGCGAGGCUGCGGGACGAACCCUUGGACCUCGGUGCCCCCACCGCGGCCCCCUCCCCGCUGACGGCCGCCCCCGCCCACCUCGGCACCUUCCGGAGCGCGGCCUGCCUCACACGCCUGCACACUGCGAGACCAGCCGCGUCCGCACCCGGUCUGGACGUGCAGAUCACAAUUGCCGAAGUCUUGGACGAGGUGUUGCGGUUCUCAAAGACGAACACAAAAUCUUCAAUAGCACUCUUGGUGCAGCUCUGUACAGAGCUCAGCCGUAACCGGAGUCCGGGGUUCGACUUCGACGACGCGAUGUCUGGACAUCUAGCGGCGCUGCUCGGAGCGGUGGGGGGGGAGAUGAUGGAGCUCGUCUUGGAACUGUCCCGGGUGUUCGUGGACACUCUACGGAGAAUCGAGGGAGUGAGUCAGUCCGUUGAGGGACUGGUGAAUAGGACAAAAAGCAGCGAAGGUUCCGGCCUGACCGUCCUGCUGCAGGAAGAGCUAGUCCUGAGGGCUGGUCGGGAAGAUCGCUUUGUUUUAGGGUCGUGGGAAGAACAGGAUGUGGUCGUGGUGCAGCAAAAAGAAUUCUCAAUCGAUGGUCUGAAGGCGACUUUCGGUCGCCUGGCCAACUGGGAGUCCAUGAGGGAGCAGGACAGGGAGAGGGAGGCCUCGUGCUGCCCCCCUCUGUGGACCGACUUCGAGGAUCUUCAGCGCCGUCUGCAAGAAUACGAGAUCGACUCGGAUACGUGGUUCGAUAGGAUGCUGCUACUCCAUCGAGGGGAGAGGAUCCGUGACAGUGUGGUGUGGCAGAGAGAGGCCGCGCGCUGGCCACGGAGGCAAUUCGUCCUGUCGUGUAUGGCUGAAGCCAUCGAGUGGAAGUGCAGCGAGGACAUCGGCGACCUGUACUCCUGCGUCAGGAUCUCGGGGUCCGACUGCCUGGCGGAGUGGGCGGGGCGGCUCAUGCUCAGGUGCGCGCAGGGGGUGGCGGGGGGCGCGGGGGCGGCGGAGCUGCGCUGGGCGGGGGGGGCCGCCCGCGCCGCUCUGUGGGGACACGUCUCCGCCUGCGUCGAGCGGGCCAGGGGACAGAUCUUGAACGACGCUGACGUUCCUAAAUUUCUGCUGUUGAACCUCAAAAUGAAGAGGGAGAUGGCCACCGGUGCGAGUGGCAAGCUGGACGAGCUUCUGACUAAAGCAGAGCGACACGCUCCCGUCGUGUUGGAGCACGCGUCUGAUGAAGAGUUCUACGGUAUCAACGAGAUGCUUCUGAGGAUAAGAAGCGACUUGGGCACUAUGAACCAAGCUUCCAUGGACGCCGUGCUGCAGACCGUGGACAGGAGGCUGCAGCGGGGCGGGGCGGUGUCCCCGGAUAGCAGGCGCGCCCUGGACUCCAUGUACGAGAUGUACUUCGUUUACUACAACCACUUGUGGACCGAAAGCGAUGAUGAACGAAGAAAAGAAAUAUUUUUGUGGAUGUUGGAUGUGAUGGUACAGGCGGCCCGCGCGCACACGGUCCGGCUUGGCGCGCUCGUGGCGGCCGCGUGCGACCGGCUGCCGGAUUCGGUGCCGGACAACGUGCUGGAGAAGUUGGAGCUGGCGUUCCCCGCGCUGCAGGACUGGCACAGGACCGAGCUGGUCUCCCGCCUGCGACGUUCGGCGUCGGCCCUCCGCAACUACAAGCAUUUGUCCUCUCAACUCGAGUUCGAGGGGCGAGCAGAGACGUUUAAGCGCCGCUUGCGGUUGGUGUGCGACCCGGAGUACACGCUGGUGAUGUACUGCGGCGACCUGCUAGAGGCCGCUACUCGAGCCGACCCAAGCCAGUGGAAGAUGAUCUUCGACAGGGUGAAGUCGGAUAUGUAUGAUGGCGGCGGGGGCCCGGAGUAUCUGCUGUUGGAAAACUACAAGAGCGCUCUGUUCGAUAUAGAGGACUAUGAGAACAGUGACACUGAAACAAAGAUCAGGACUUUGCGUCGCGUACAGGAGGGAGCGGGUAGGGGGGGGUACCGCCCGACGCUCCGCCUGUCGCAGCUGUGCGGGGGGUUGGGGGCGGAGCCCGCGGCGGACGAUUGCGUGUCCGCCGUGCUACAGCUGCCGCCCGGCGUCACCGUUGUGGAGUUCUACGAAGAGGUCGCCGUGAUGCCCAGCAUCCGCAGACCCUGCAUGGUACGGGCGCUGCUCAGCAGCGGGAUCACCCGUCGCUGGCUUGUGAAGCGAGACCAGCUGCUGCACGACCGCGCCGCCAGCCGCCUGCUGCCCGCCGCCGCUAUACCGGGGAACCCCCCCUCCCUGUACAACGUCACAUUACUGAGUGAAGACUGCGGGCUGAUAGAAUACCUGGAGGGACACCACAGCAUCCGAAGUCUCGCCGCCAAAUCGUGCGACCUGGACAACUUGGGGGUCUCGAGACCUCUGGACGCGGAUCUGCUUGCCGAGCCGCCGAGCCGACUGGCCUUAACCCACGAGCGUUUCUGCGGGAAGGUACCCGCCACGGUCCUAAGGUCAGCGUUCCAAGAGCUGUGCUGCACGAGCGAAGACUUCAUCAGGAGGAAGAAACGGUUCCAAGACUCCUUGGCCACGAUCACAAUCUUCAACUGGAUAUUCGAUGUAGGAGAUCGUCACAUGGAGAACUUCCUAGUGGAGGCCAGUACCGGAGCCCUGUGCUGCAUAGACUGGGGCUCCACGAUGCAGAGGAGACAGCUAUCGGAGCCGCCGCCAGCCCGGCUGACCAGGAACAUGCUAGCUAUGUGUGACCCUAUAGCGCUGGAGGCUCGGCUGCAGACCGCGCUGACGCAGCUCAGGGACUCCCGGGAGACUUUCCUGGCGACGGCACGCCUGCUGUACGCGCGGGCCCCCGCCUGCCAACCCCAGCUAUCACAUGUGAAAGCCAUAUUGGAAGGGAAGGUCACCUCGGCGGAUAUCCGGGUGGAAGCGAACCCGGACCCGGAUUUAGACAGGCUCCGGGCGCUGCUGGUGCAGGUGUUCCCGGGACGACCCGCGACGGACACUUACAGCGUAAAGGACCAGGUACAAGUUCUGCUACGCCACUGCACAGACCCGCGCGUGCUGGGUGCCACCAGGGCGGGCUGGGAACCCUGGCUGUGACGCUAGCGGACCCCAUCGACACCCCCCCUGUUAAUGCCAAUGUCACUUAUUGGCUCAUCGAAUGGAUGCUCUGUCGUUCGUUCAUUUAACAUAACUAAUUCAUUUCAUUCGCUUCAUUCGUUCGUUCACUCACAAUAUAAUUUACUUCGAUACUUUUAUGAAACUAUUUUUUGUAUAAUUUUUGGUGUGGAAAUAAAUAUAAAUAAAUGUGGGUA